AUGAAUAAUUAUAUAAAGGUAGAUCUAGUACAUAAUUUAUAUAAAAAUAAAAAAUGGGCAGAAAUAAAACUAAAUAAAUUUGACACAAUAAAUAAUAUUAAAAAAAAAAUAUAUGGGCAUACAGGAACUUUAUCAAACAAUAUGAAAUUAUAUGCCUAUAAUGAAUUGGAUAUCGAAAAUACACAAAUUUAUUUAAAAGAUGAUAAUCUAUCUUUAAAUGAUUAUGGUGUAAAAGAUAGUUAUAUAAUAUAUAUACAUGAAGUUAACCCAGCAUUUCAUAAUGAUGAUAUAUAUAAUAUAGAUGAUGAUAAAAAAUUGGAAAAUCUAAAGCAUUUAAAAUAUGAAAUAAAUGAUGAGGAUUAUGAUAAGAGACCAGAUAGUUUUCGAAAAUUUAUCCAAAAAAUUAGGCAGAGCCAAAAAAAUGCGGAAAAGGCGGAAAAUCAAGAAAAUCAAGAAAAUCAAGAAAAUCAAGAAAAUGCGAAUAAAAACAUAUGCAAUGGUGAGUUGUGUAAUAGUAACCUGUGCAAUGGUGAGCUGUAUAAAGUGGGAAGUCGGUGUAGAAUUAAAAUAGGAGAUAGAAGAGGAACUCUAAAAUUUGUUGGGAAUCUAAAAAAUAAUGACGUUAUUUAUGUUGGUGUUGAUUUAGAUGAACCUUUAGGAAAUUCUGACGGGUUUUAUCAAAAAAAAAAAAUAUUUGAAUGUAAAGGAGACAAAUAUGGAUAUAUAGGAAAUAUUAAUUCAAUUGAAGUUGGAGAUUUCCCCCCUUUUGACAUAAUGAAUUUUGAUGAAUUUUGA